GGGUAUCUUGAAAACCACAUGCCUCUUUUUUCUUGCAACUUUAGCUCUUGUUUUUCCACUGCCUACAAAAGAUCAACAUUGUUCUAGAAACUGGAGACAUUUGAUUUAAAAGAAAUAACUUUAACAAAUGGACAAUAUGUCUAUUACGAAUACACCGACAAGUAAUGAUGCCUGUCUGAGCAUUGUACAUAGUCUGAUGUGCCAUAGACAAGGUGGAGAGAGUGAAACAUUUGCAAAAAGAGCAAUUGAAAGUUUGGUAAAGAAGCUGAAGGAGAAGAAAGAUGAACUGGAUUCUUUAAUAACGGCUAUAACUACAAAUGGAGCUCAUCCCAGCAAAUGUGUCACCAUACAGAGGACGCUGGACGGGAGGCUCCAGGUGGCUGGUCGGAAAGGAUUUCCUCAUGUGAUCUAUGCCCGCCUCUGGAGAUGGCCGGAUCUUCACAAAAACGAACUAAAACAUGUUAAAUAUUGUCAGUAUGCAUUUGACUUAAAAUGUGAUAGUGUCUGUGUGAACCCAUAUCACUAUGAACGAGUUGUGUCACCUGGAAUUGAUCUCUCAGGAUUGACACUGCAGAGUAAUGCCCCGAGUAUGUUGGUGAAGGACGAAUAUGUUCAUGACUUUGAGGGACAGCCAUCAUUAUCUACUGAAGGACAUUCAAUUCAGACCAUCCAGCAUCCACCAGGUAAUCGUGCAUCAACGGAGACAUACAGCACGCCAGCUCUGUUAGCCCCGUCGGAGUCGAAUGCGACCAGCACCACCAACUUUCCCAACAUUCCUGUGGCUUCCACAAGUCAGCCGGCCAGUAUCCUGGCGGGCAGCCAUAGUGAAGGCCUGCUGCAGAUAGCGUCAGGACCUCAGCCUGGGCAGCAGCAGAACGGAUUUACCGGGCAGCCAGCCACAUACCACCAUAACAGCACUACUACCUGGACUGGAAGUAGAACUGCACCAUACACACCUAAUUUGCCUCACCACCAAAACGGCCAUCUUCAGCACCACCCGCCUAUGCCGCCCCAUCCUGGACAUUACUGGCCAGUUCACAAUGAGCUUGCAUUCCAGCCUCCCAUUUCUAAUCAUCCUGCUCCUGAGUACUGGUGUUCCAUCGCUUACUUUGAGAUGGACGUGCAGGUAGGAGAGACAUUUAAGGUCCCUUCAAGCUGCCCUAUUGUGACUGUCGAUGGAUACGUGGACCCCUCUGGAGGAGAUCGCUUCUGCUUGGGUCAACUCUCCAAUGUUCACAGGACAGAAGCCAUUGAGAGAGCAAGGUUGCACAUAGGCAAAGGUGUGCAGUUGGAAUGUAAGGGUGAAGGUGACGUUUGGGUCCGGUGCCUUAGUGACCACGCGGUCUUUGUACAGAGCUACUAUUUAGACAGAGAAGCUGGACGUGCGCCUGGAGACGCUGUUCACAAGAUCUACCCAAGUGCAUACAUAAAGGUCUUUGAUUUGCGUCAGUGUCACCGGCAGAUGCAGCAGCAGGCGGCCACUGCACAGGCUGCCGCCGCCGCCCAGGCCGCAGCCGUGGCCGGAAACAUCCCAGGCCCGGGCUCAGUGGGUGGAAUCGCGCCAGCCAUCAGCCUGUCCGCGGCUGCCGGCAUCGGCGUGGAUGACCUCCGGCGCCUGUGCAUUCUCAGGAUGAGCUUUGUGAAGGGCUGGGGGCCCGAUUACCCACGACAGAGCAUCAAGGAAACACCUUGCUGGAUUGAGAUCCACCUGCACCGGGCGCUGCAGCUCCUCGACGAAGUCCUGCACACCAUGCCCAUCGCAGACCCACAGCCUUUGGACUGAGGUCACGUCCCUUCGGGGCCCUUCCUGUUAGCAGGAUGGUGGACUAGACAAUCCAAUCCUGUUCAUAAUCGGGAGAUAGAUCUCACUUUCGUUCUGCUUUAUCUUUUCAUGAAGGGUUGGAAAAUGUGUUUGCUGCCUUGCUCCUAGCAGACAGAAACUGGAUUAAAAAAAAAAAAAAAGAAUAAAAAAUUCUUCCCCCUCCUUCUAUUUAGAACUUUUCAGGCAUGGCUCAAAGCUUGAAGAUCAGGAAAAAAACACAUUCUUACCAAAUCUUCACCAGUUACGUAUGAAGGAGUCAUUCCAAUGCUGGACAGUGUAGCCCUUUACAGUGUCUUAGAGCCUUUUAUAUGCAGAACAUAGUUAUGUGUGUCAUUCUGUAAAAUAAAUUCAAUUUUGCUGAUUUUAAAGGCAGAGCAGUUCUCAAAAUUAAUUCACCUAUGUUAAUCUGUGUACAAGUUGUUAAUGUUGAGCAUAACUUUACUCCAAAAUAUUGUGCCAUGUGGGUGAGUUAAUUUUACCAAGAGCAACUUUACUCUGUGUUUUAAUUAAGGAAAUAUAGCAAUGUAUUAUAACCUUUUAUCCAAAAUUUACUAUUUUUUUUUUUUGCAAGUUAAACUAGAGAAGAUGAUUUCAAUUCAGGUUGUCUUGCCACUUCAGUUUGAUUUUGUCAAGACAAAACACUAACUUCUGUGCAUAUUCAGAAUUCCUAAAAACUCCCAGACAAUUAAUAAACGUCAUUGAAAAUGACGUGUGUUCUCCCAGUUGAGGGACUGUAUCAAGACUACUCGUACUCCAUUAAACAGUCAGUACGUUCUUCUGUAUUUCUAGACCUCAAGGUGGUGACCAUGAACCCGAGAAGAGGAAUUUCUUGCCUUCAUUAAUUCAGAGGGAAAGGUUUUUGUAUUUUUUAAAAACACUAAAAGCAUUGUCACUCCACUUAAU